AUGGCGCCGAAGCAAUUGGUAGCAGUCGGCCUGAGCGCAUUCUCCAUUCUAGGAGCGGUCCAAGCGCAAGGUACAGCUUGCGAAAAGCCAAUUGCCCCACAGAACGCGGCUCCUUCGGUCGCCCUGGGAUUUCGCGUCGAGGUUGUAGCAAAUGGUCUGAGAGACCCUCGCAGCAUUCUGUUUGAUCGUCAAGGUGGACUACUAGUAGUUGAGCAGGGUUACGGAGUUAGCAGACUAUCCCUGACGGGCGAUGGAGCUUGUGUUCGUGUUGAGGGUCCAGUGCAAAACGUUAUUGAAAAUGACUCUUUGAAUCAUGGCAUUGCAUUCUCUGAAGAUGGCAAUACUCUGUACGCGUCUUCCCAUAGCAAUGUCUUCGCCUGGGACUACGAUGCUUCUCAAGGCAAGACCACGUCUGAUUCAAGAGAUGUUGUUCAAGGAAUGGGAGACAAGGAGGGACAUACUACGCGUACACUGCUCAUGUCCCAGAAGGUACCUGGCAUGUUGCUCGUCUCCCGUGGUAGCGUGGGCAACAUCGAUCUUCAGACCUUGGACGUUACCACUGGAGUAUCUACCAUCAAAGCCUACAAUGUGAAUAAUGUAACCUCUUCAGCCUAUGAUCACGCCUCGACCGGUAGGCUUCUCGGCUGGGGUCUUAGGAACUCGGUCGGUAUAGCUGAAGAUCCCGUAACAGGCGGUAUCUACUCUGUAGAAAACAGCGUUGACAACAUCAUGCGAAGCGAACAGCUCAUCAAAGAAAACAAUCCAGGAGAGGAAAUGAAUUUCCAUGGCUCCCUCAAUGAAACAGCAGGCAACAUUCAAGAUACAAAUCACGGAUACCCUUCUUGCUUCACAGCCUGGAACACCUCUGAAAUCCCCGACUUCAACGGUCAAGUCGGUCAACAAUUCGCCAUCGGAGACCAAAACGCAACCGUAAACGAUACAUUUUGCCAAAAUGACCGAGUUGCCCCCCGUCUUGCUUUCCAAGCUCACAUGGCCCCCCUCGAUAUCAAGUUCAAUCCGAAUGGCACCGCAGCAUGGGUGACCAUGCACGGAUCAUGGAAUCGCGAAGACCCCGCCGGCUACAAACUCACCCUUGUCCCCUUUAACGGCGCCGGCUCGCCCGUCGCUCCGUCAAAUAGCACUACCGCAGCCAUCGACGUAGUAUCUAACCCAGACCUAUCCGCCUGUCCUCGCUCGUGCUUCCGCCCCGUUGGACUUGCGUGGGAUGCAAAGGGUAGGUUGUAUAUGAGUUCUGAUUCUACGGGAGAGAUUUUCGUUGUUACGAGGGAGGAUGGGAGCGGGGUUGCGGAUGUGAGUGCGACGGCGUCAGCAAGUUCAGGACAGAGUCCCGUACCGAAUGCUUCGGGCGGCCUGAUGGAUAGGUGGAGUUUGGGGAGUGGCGUGUACUGGGUUGUUGUGGCGAUUGUCAUGAGUGUCUUGGUUUAGGGAUGGGUACAGUGGCUAUUUCGUGGGUGCAGCAGUUUGGUGGCAUGAUUAUGAGUUAUUUGACCUCUCUCGUUUAUUCCUCAAGUAUAUAUUCAAUUACAUGCGUUGAUACUU